GACUGUCGCCUCCGCCUCUUCCUCAGCGGCUCUCGGGCAGCCGGAACCGCACGCGGCGGCGGCGGCGGCGGCGGCGCGGGAGCCCGGAGCGGAGGGAUGUGGGGCUUUGGGAGAGGCAGGCUCUUCGGCAUCUUCUCCGCUCCCGUACUGGUGGCCGUGGUCUGUUGCGCCCAGAGUGUGAACGAUCCUGGGAACAUGUCCUUCGUGAAAGAAACUGUGGAUAAAUUGUUGAAAGGAUACGACAUUCGCCUCAGACCGGAUUUUGGAGGCCCCCCAGUGAAUGUCGGGAUGAACAUAGAUAUUGCCAGUAUUGACAUGGUGUCUGAAGUCAACAUGGAUUACACAUUAACUAUGUAUUUUCAACAAUACUGGAGGGAUAAAAGAUUAGCCUAUGCUGGGAUUCCUCUCAACCUUACGCUUGAUAACAGAGUAGCAGAUCAACUAUGGGUGCCCGAUACUUACUUUCUAAAUGACAAGAAGUCGUUUGUGCAUGGUGUUACAGUUAAGAAUCGAAUGAUUCGCCUUCAUCCAGAUGGCACAGUAUUGUAUAGCCUCAGGAUCACAACCACUGCAGCUUGCAUGAUGGACUUGAGAAGAUACCCAUUAGAUGAGCAGAAUUGUACACUGGAAAUAGAGAGCUAUGGAUAUACAACAGAUGACAUAGAAUUUUACUGGAGAGGUGGGGAUAAUGCAGUUACUGGAGUGGAGAGAAUUGAGCUUCCUCAGUUUUCUAUUGUGGAAUACAAACUGGUAUCCAGAAAUGUUGUCUUUGCCACAGGUGCCUAUCCAAGAUUGUCAUUGAGUUUUAAGUUGAAGAGGAAUAUUGGAUAUUUUAUUCUUCAGACCUACAUGCCAUCAAUACUGAUUACCAUUUUAUCAUGGGUGUCAUUCUGGAUCAAUUAUGAUGCAUCAGCAGCAAGAGUUGCUCUUGGUAUUACAACUGUGCUUACUAUGACAACUAUCAACACUCAUCUCAGAGAGACUUUGCCUAAGAUUCCCUACGUCAAAGCCAUUGACAUGUACCUUAUGGGCUGCUUUGUAUUUGUCUUCUUGGCCUUACUAGAAUAUGCCUUUGUCAACUACAUCUUCUUUGGGAAAGGCCCUCAAAGGCAGAAGAAACUUGCUGAAAAGACAGCCAAAGCAAACAAUGAUCGCUGUAAAUUUGAAAGCAACCGGGUGGACAUGCAUGGAAACAUUUUGCUAACAUCCCUUGAAAUUCACAAUGAAGUUGCAAGUAAUGAGGUUACUACCAGUGUCUCCGAUCCUCAGAAUUCAACAAUAUCCUUUGACAAUUCAGGGAUCCAGUACAGAAAACAGAGUUCACAUCGAGAAAACCUUGGAAGGCGUACAUUGGACAGAACUGGCACCCACACCAAGAAGAGCCAUUUACGGAGAAGGUCUUCACAGCUUAAGAUAAAAAUUCCAGACCUAACGGAUGUGAACGCCAUAGACAGAUGGUCAAGAAUGGUGUUUCCCUUCACAUUUUCCCUUUUCAACUUAAUCUACUGGCUAUACUAUGUCAACUAAACUGACUUUUACUUUUUUAAACAAAAGACUUCAACAAGCAAAAUACUACUCUGCCUGUUAUUUUGUAUGUGUACAUAAGAACUUUUACACUAUAUAUAUAAUAUAUAUAUACAUAUAUAUAUUUAAAAUCCUGUUUAUGUGUGUACAUAUAUUGUGAAAGAAUGUGUAUUAUACUCAUUGUGCAUACACAUGUACACUAUAUAUAUACACACACACAAUCACUCCUGCUUAUGAAUGAUAAUGGACAAUUUAACACAGAAUGCACAUUAAAUAAACUUAAAACAAUUGAGGAGAGGCAUGUAUUCUGAAAAUAGGCUUUGAGAAAGCUAAGUGUUGUAGAAGACCAUCAAAAUAUUUUUCAGAUUAUUAUGAUUCCAUGUUGUCAAAAUUCUGUGAUAUUGUUUGCAAAAAAUGUUAUUUACACUGCUCAUUAAGUAAUACAUUUAUACUGGUAAGUUUUUAAAGUAAUUUAUAUUUCAUAUCAACUUUAAAAUUAUUGAGCCACAUUGAUUUUAU